AGGGCAACCUCUUCUCUUCGACGCUACAGAACAGAGGAGAGAUACAUCGGAGGAGAAGACCACGCAGGCAUUUCCGAGUUGGAGCGAGUUCCUAAAUGGCCGGGAAAGCCAGUGCGACUCCGGCGACGUACUCGCCCUCUCCGGCCACCCGGAAAGGGAAGCCGACCAUCUACAAAGACGGAGACCGCGAUUGGGUCCGCCCCGACGGUCGGGGCUUUCAACAGUGCAGACCCGCUUUUUUCAGAACAGGUGCGGUGAAUGCUGCUUCAGGCUCUGCAUAUGCUGAAAUCGGGAAUACUCAGGUCAUAGUGUCCGUGUUUGGUCCAAGAGAAAGUAAGAAAGCGAUGAUGUACAGCGAUGUAGGUAGACUGAAUUGUAAUGUUAGCUGCACAACCUUUUCCACUCCAAUCAGAGGACAGGACUUUGAUCAGGGAUCAGACCACAAAGAAUAUUCCUCAAUGCUUCACAAGGCGUUGGAAGGUGCCAUCAUAUUGGAAUCGUUUCCAAAGACAACUGUCGAUGUCUUUGCGCUUGUCCUGGAGUCUGGUGGAAGUGAUUUACCUGUGAUAAUAUCUUGUGCUAGUCUUGCCCUAGCGGAUGCGGGCAUCAUGAUGUAUGACCUUGUUGCUUCAGUGUCCAUGUCUUCUCUUGGAUCAGACCUUGUAAUCGAUCCAAUAUCUGAAGAGGAGAGCUACCAAGACGGAAGCCUGAUAAUCAGUUGCAUGCCUUCUCGUUACGAGGUCACCCAGCUCACAAUUACAGGCGAAUGGUCAACCAAUAAGAUCAACGAGGCAAUGCAAGUUUGCCUUGAUGCCUGUGGAAAGCUCGGGAAGAUCAUGAGAUCGUGCUUGAAAGAAGCUACCUCAGCCACAUCUGAGUAGGAAGGUGUAAUGAGACACCUUCGUCUCCUUUUUGUUUUGGUUUUUCUUUCCCCCCUCAUUAUUUACUCUUCUUCUGCUUCGUCAGUGUUAUUUUCACAACCUUGAACGAUAAUAGAGGCUUUUGUUCCCUAGCACAUCCAUUCUUGUUCAUACAUCAACAUGUAAUAUAUAUAUAUAUAUGUAUGUAUGUAUCCACAUGUAAUAUGCAUAGUUAUCGAGGGACGUCACAUGAGAACUAAUUAGAAUAUAUAGGGAAAAACUAAUACGAUUAGAAACAUAAAUUUGUAAUAUUUUUUUUCUUUGCGGUUUCUAUUUAUUGGGGAUUUGCAUA